ACCUUCGUUUCGCAGUAUAUACACUUUAAACAAACUACAAUCUGCAAAGACUCGCAUCUCAGAAACAUGUUUCUUCAACCUUCUCUUCAUAAUCACCACAACAUUUCUCUCUCUUCAACCCUCUCUUAUUCUCAACUUCUUCCAUGUAAACUUCCUACUUUUGCCCUUUACCAAACUGUAACGCACCAGAAACUCCCCAUCAUAAGAUGCUCUAUAUCUCAAAUUCACAACUAUGGAACGGUGGACUUUGAGCGAAGACCCAUGAUCAAAUGGAAUGCUAUUUACAAGAAAAUAUCUCUUAUGGAGAAUCCUGAAAUGGGUUGUGCUUCUGUGUUGAAUCAGUGGGAGAAUGGUGGCAGGAAGGUUACAAAAUGGGAGCUAUCUAGAGUUAUUAAGGAGUUGAGGAAGUACAGGCGCUACAAGCAAGCUCUGGAGGUGUAUGAGUGGAUGAACAAUAGAGGAGAGAGGUUCAGAUUAUCUGCUAGUGAUGCUGCGAUUCAGUUAGACCUAAUUGCCAAAGCUCAUGGAAUAUCUAGUGCCGAAGAUUUUUUCCUACAGCUUCCUCAUACUUUAAAGGACAGGAGAGUAUAUGGGGCUCUUCUGAAUGCCUAUGUUCGGGCUAGAAUGAGAGGAGAUGCUGAAUUAUUAUUUGACAAAAUGAGAGAUAAGGGUUAUGCUACGCACUCUCUUCCGUUCAAUGUGAUGAUGACUCUUUAUAUGAACCUCAAGGAGUACGAUAAAAUUGACUUAGUGGUUUCAGAAAUGAUGGAGAAAGGCGUACGACUAGAUGUAUAUUCGUACAACAUUUGGCUAUCAUCUUGUGGAUCCCAAGGAUCUGGAGAAAAGAUGGAACAAGUAUAUGAACAGAUGAAAAUGGAUAGAGCCAUUAAUCCGAACUGGACUACAUUCAGCACAAUGGCGACAAUGUAUAUUAAGAUGGGACAGUUUGAAAAGGCUGAAGAGUGCUUAAGGAGGGUUGAGAGUAGAAUAACUGGUCGGGAUAGGAUACCUUAUCAUUAUCUCUUAAGUCUGUACGGUGGUGUUGGUAAUAAAGAGGAGGUAUAUCGGGUGUGGAAGGCUUACAAAUCGAUUUUUCCUGGUAUUCCAAAUUUGGGAUACCAUGCUAUGAUCUCAUCUUUGGUUAGGAUUGGUGAUAUUGAAGGUAUAGAGAAUGUAUAUGAGGAAUGGCUGUCAGUUAAGUCAUCUUAUGACCCUAGAAUAGCAAAUCUUCUCCUGGGAUGUUAUGUUAAAGAAGGAAAUUUUGAUAAAGCUGAGACUUUCUUCAAUCACAUUGUUGAAGUGGGAGGAAAGCCAAAUUCAACUACAUGGGAGAUUCUUGCUGAAGGACAUAUUGGAGAGAAGAGAAUUAUGGAGGCUUUGUCUUGCUUCAAGGAAGCUUUUGCAGCUGAGGGAGUAAAGAAUUGGAGGCCAAAACCUGUAAAUGUGCUUGCCUUUUUUAAACUCUGUGAUGAAGAAUCCGACACGGCAAGUAAAGAGGUUUUGGUGGGAUUAUUAAGGCAAUCUGGGUAUCGUAAAGACAAAGCUUAUAUUUCAAUGAUUGGCUUAACUGAUGAAACUGUUAAUACCAAUGUUUUAUCGGAGAAGGAUAGCACUGACUAUAACAAUGACAGUGGUGAAGAUGAGGAUCAAACACUCCUCAGCCAACUGCAGAGUAGCCCGUGAUUUGUCUGCUUUCUCCUUUUAUUUUAAAUAUCACAAAAUAGUUUUGAACCUUUAAUAACUUUGCUUUAAGGAGAUUCUUUCCACAGUUGGAUACGAGUUUUACUCACAGCAACUAGGAGUAAGCUUUGCUUCAAUAGAGGGUUCCAGUCAUCUGUAUUUCACCUGUUUAAAUUUUGUUUUAAUAUUUACUGUAUUCUUUCUUGUGUAGCAUUUGGCUUAGUAGAAAUUUCGCCUUAGCCUUUACAGUUGGUUCAGUUUUGUUGAGUAUUAUUAAAUGUUUACUGCA